AUAUCGUAGAAGAAGUAGGGGAAAACAACAAACUCACUGGCUAGUUAUUAAGGAAAUGCAAAAGAAGACUCAGCAACACAUUUUCCGUAAAAGAACAACACAAAUUAAAUAGUUUGUAAGCCUUCUUAACUAAGGGCUGGAUCAGAUAUUCAAGCGAUGUGUGUGCAGUUGUUAAUAGCUAUGCAGUAAACUAGCUGGCUAGCGAAGCACAGACUAGCUAGCUAGCUCUAGCUAGCUAAUAGGAGAAGGAAGACAUAUCCAAGUCAACAAACAUUUUAACACCAUCCGUUCGUCUGGCAGACAAAAUCUUCUGGUCAAGCAAACAGAAGCUAUGGGGAAUCAACUAGCAGGCAUUGCCCCCUCACAGAUUUUGUCGGUGGACAGUUAUUUCUCCGAUAUCCACGACCACGAAUAUGAUAAGAGACUUGGCAGCACCCGCUUCUUCAAGGUGGCUCGUGCCAAACACAGGGAAGGCCUGGUGGUGGUGAAGGUGUUCGCCAUUCAGGACCCAUCCCUGCCCCUUACCAGCUAUAAACAGGAGCUGGAAGAGCUGAAAAUCAGACUUCACUCCUGUCAAAAUUGCCUGCCCUUCCAGAAGGCUUCUCUCACAGAGAAGGCGGCCAUUUUAUUCCGCCAGUAUGUUCGGGACAACCUGUAUGACCGCAUCAGCACACGGCCCUUCCUCAAUGGCGUGGAGAAGCGCUGGUUGGCCUUCCAGAUCCUCACAGCCGUGGACCAGGCUCACAAAGCUGGUGUCCGCCACGGGGACAUUAAGACAGAAAAUGUGAUGGUGACCAGCUGGAACUGGGUCCUGCUCACUGACUUUGCAAGCUUCAAGCCCACGUAUUUGCCAGAGGACAACCCGGCUGACUUCAACUACUUUUUCGACACGUCCAGGAGAAGGACGUGCUACAUCGCUCCUGAGAGGUUUGUGGAUGGGAGCAUGUUUGCUACAGAGAGCGACCAGAAUACCCCUCUUGUGGACCUUACCAGCAACCACCAGAGGACACGGGGGGAGCUCAAACAGGCCAUGGAUAUCUUUUCUGCAGGUUGUGUGAUUGCAGAACUCUUCACAGAGGGAGUUCCAUUAUUUGACCUCUCCCAACUAUUGGCGUAUCGCAAAGGACACUUUCAGACAGAGCAUGUUCUCAUGAAGAUUGAGGACCAAAGCAUCCGUGAUCUGGUAGCUCAGAUGGUGCAGCGCAAGCCAGAGUUGCGUCUGACAGCAGACGAGUAUCUGAAGCAGCAAAGAGGCAAAGCUUUUCCAGACAUCUUCUAUACGUUCCUGCAGCCCUACAUGGCCCAGUUUGCCAAGGAGACCUUCCAGUCUGCAGACGAACGUGUUCUGGUCAUCCGGAAGGAUCUGGACAACAUCCUCCACAACCUGCGUGGUGGAGGGGCCCCCUCCUCCCCGGAGCAGGCCGAGAAAGCAUCUCAGGAGUGGGGCAGCGUGGAGGUGAGCUCCAGGGAGGAGCAGGGCUUGGUGGUGCUGGUGUCAGUGAUCACUUCCUGUCUGCAGACGCUGCGCUCCUGCGACUCCAAGCUGGCGGCGCUGGAGCUGGUGCUGCACCUGGCGCCGCGCCUGAGCGUGGAGAUCCUUCUUGACCGCAUCACGCCCUACCUGCUGCACUUCUGUAACGACGGCGUGCCGCGUGUGCGCGCCCAGGCGGUGCGCACCCUGGCCAAGGUGCUGGCGCUGGUCAAGGAGGUGCCCCGCAAUGAUGUCAAUAUCUACCCGGAGUACAUCCUGCCGGGCAUCGCCCACCUGGCACAGGAUGAUGCCACCAUUGUCAGAUUGGCAUACGCAGAGAACAUAGCCCACCUAGCAGAGACAGCGUUGCGGUUUCUGGAGCUCGUCCAGGAGAACAACCUGAACACAGAGCACGACCUGAGCGGGGAGGACGGAGAGGAAGUCCUUCACCCCAACGAGAACUAUGACUCAGAGCUGCAGGCGCUGCACGAGAUGGUGCAGCAGAAGGUGGUGACGCUGCUGAGCGACUCGGAGAACAUCGUCAAGCAGUCGCUGAUGGAGAACGGCAUCACGCGGCUCUGCGUGUUCUUCGGCCGGCAGAAGGCCAACGACGUGCUGCUCUCCCACAUGAUCACCUUCCUCAACGACAAGAACGACUGGCACCUGAGGGGCGCGUUCUUCGACAGCAUUGUCGGCGUGGCAGCCUACGUGGGCUGGCAGAGCUCGUCCAUCCUGAAGCCCCUCCUCCAGCAGGGCCUGAGUGACGCCGAGGAGUUUGUCAUCUACAAGGCCCUCAACGCCCUCACCUGCAUGUGCCAGCUGGGCCUGCUGCAGAAGCCUCACAUCUACGAGUUUGUCAGCGACAUCGCUCCGUUCCUGUGCCACCCCAACUUGUGGAUCCGCUACGGAGCCGUGGGCUUCAUCACCGUGGUGGCCCAGCACCUCAACAUCGCUGAUGUGUACUGCAAGCUGAUGCCCCACCUCAACCCCUUCGUCACCCAGCCCAUCAUCCAGAUUGAUAAGGAGAUAGUCCUGCUGAGUGUGCUGAAGGAGCCGGUGAGUCGCUCCAUCUUCGACUACUCUCUGCGCUCCAAAGAUAUCUCCAGCCUCUUCCGCCACCUGCUGCUGAGGCAGAAGAAGCGCAGCGGCUCCAUCCCAGAAUGCCCCAUCCCAGACGACCCGGCCAUUGCCCAGCUGCUCAAGAAGCUGCUCUCACAGGGGAUGACUGAGGCGGAGGAGGACAAGCUGCUGGCUCUCAAAGAUUUUAUGCUCAAGUCAAACAAGGCUAAGGCCAACAUGUCGGACCAGGGCCACCUGGGUGAGGUCGCCCAGAGCGGGGUGAUCGACCUGGGGACUCUGGGCAUCGCUGGACGCCAGGUGGACCUGGUCAAACCCAAACAGGAGACCGAGGACAAAAGAGACUACAUCACCUCAGCAUCUGCCCGGAAACACACCAAGCAGGACUCCAACAUGAACGAAGAGUGGAAGAGCAUGUUCGGCUCUCAGGAGCCCGCCUCACCACAGCCCGCCACGGUGCCUGAAGGGACAGCGGCUCAGAGCAGGAAGAGUCCAGCGCCCCCUAGUAUUGCGGUGGCACAGUCUGUGGCCGGCAGCUCCACCUACCAGCGCAGGUUGAACACCUGCAAGGCGGAGCUGCAGCAGCUGGUGCAGCAGAAGCGGGAGCAGUGUAGCGCCGAGCGCAUGGCCAAGAAGAUGAUGGAGAGCGCAGAGUGGGAGAGCAGGCCUCCGCCUCCGGGCUGGCACCCUAAAGGGCUCCUGGUGGCUCACCUCCACGAGCACAAGGCUGCCGUGAACCGUAUCCGUGUGUCUGACGAGCACUGCAUCUUCGCCACCGCCUCCAAUGACGGCACAGUGAAGGUGUGGGACAGCCAGAAGAUGGAGGGCAAGACCACCACCACACGGUCUGUUUUGACAUAUUCUCGCCUCGGGGGAAACGUGAAGACACUCACCUUCUGUCAGGGAUCUCACUACCUGGCUGUCGCCUCCGACAACGGCUCCAUCCAGCUGCUAACCAUCGAAGCUAACAAGCCCCCCAAAUCACCCAAAGUUCAACCCUUUCAGUCAAGGCUCCUGGACCAGAAGGAGGACGGCUCUGUUGUGGACGUCCACCAUUUUAACUCCGGCGCUCAGUCAGUGCUAGCUUAUGCCACUGUGAACGGCUCUCUGGUUGGCUGGGACCUCCGCUCCAAUACCAGUGCUUGGACCCUCCAUCACGAUCUGCGUCUGGGCCUCAUCACCUCCUUCACCGUGGACAUGCAUCAGUGCUGGCUCUGUCUUGGCACCAGCAAUGGCACUAUGGCCUGCUGGGAUAUGCGAUUCCAGCUGCCCAUCUCAAACCACUCCCAUCCAGCCCGAGCACGAAUCAGAAGGCUGCUCAUGCACCCCGUCUACCAGUCAUCUGUCAUCGCAGCGGUGCAAGGCAACAAUGAAGUGUCUAUGUGGGACAUGGAGACUGGGGACAGAAAGUUCACUUUGUGGGCCAGUUCUGCCCCCCCCCUCUCUGAGAUGCAGCCCUCUCCACACAGUGUCCAUGGCAUCUACUGCAGCCCUGCAGAUGGAAACCCCCUCCUCCUCACCGCUGGCUCAGACAUGAGAAUCAGGUUCUGGGACCUGGCAUACCCAGAGAGGUCCUACAUCGUAGCGGGAGGGGCUAACGACUCGCUGCACUGCCCCUCAGUCCUCUACAACCGCAAGAUCAUCGAAGGAACCGAAGUUGUUCAGGAGAUCCACAGCAAGCAGAAGAGCGGGGCCACGGAGGACGCUCCCCGCCGCGGGCCCGGCUCCCUCCCCGUCGGCCAUCAUGACAUCAUCACGGACAUCGCCACCUUCCAGACCACCCAGGGCUUCAUUGUCACCUCCUCCAGGGAUGGCAUCGUCAAGGUCUGGAAGUGAAGUUCUGCUGGGCUGCAGGCUGCAUACUCUUUCCAACCUCAGGAUCAUAAACACAUGCUCAAUUACUAUAAUUUCUAUACCACCCCACCAACUUAUUGUUAGCUUUUGUAUAUAAUAUAUAUUUUAAAUGUAACUAAUUAAUAUAAAACAACCCCUAUUGGAAUUGGAAUGAACAAGUGAUCAUAAUGUCAUCAGUGUUUGUUAUUGUUGAUGCUGUCAUGAAAAUCAUGCAUUGCCUCUUAAUGUGUCAUGCAAAACAUUAAAUGUUUUAUGUUGAGCACAGCUGCCCAAAAUGUGUUAAUAAAAAGCACUGUUGAAAUGUG